UUAGAUCUUGUCUGCGGACCAUAUUACUUCAUAUGUACGUAAUCAGCGGACCGAACGCGCUUUUCAUAAUCAAACAUUGAAAGAGUGGAUUCCCGAGAAGUGAGUUUGUCGCCAAGCUUCCCUGCGACAUGUUGACAGCUCCGCCACCGCCAUCAAUCGGCGUGAGCAAGGACCUCGUCGACGACCUUAAUAAGAAUGUAACGAACAAAACCCAAGGAGGCGGAGGCGGCGGCGGAGGCGGAGGCGGCGACGGAGGUACAUCGCUCACCCAGCUUGAAUCCCCGCCGCCCACGCACACCUCCCACGCCCUCAUUCACGCCCACCAUCACCAGCAGGGGCCGCCCACACUAGCGAACCUCGAUGCCCAGCCUUCGGCCAACAACAGUAGCCACAGAACCGAUGUAAGCGGCUUUACGGUCUCGGGCGGCCUCGGCACGAUGGGCGUGGGCGGGAGCGACUCGGACAAGUCAGUGAAACCGAAGCGGCACCGCACGAGAUUCACGCCCGCUCAGCUGAACGAACUGGAGAGAUCCUUCGCCAAGACCCAUUAUCCUGAUAUUUUCAUGAGGGAGGAACUAGCCAUGAGGAUCGGAUUGACGGAGAGCAGAGUCCAGGUCUGGUUCCAGAACCGCCGCGCCAAGUGGAAGAAGAGGAAGAAGAGUAGCUCUGUCUUCCGUUCAGCUGGUUCCCUCCUUCCCUCCCCUUCCCUCCCUCCCUUCCCUCCCAUGGGGGGAGACUCCUUCUGCGGGUCGAUGUUCCCUUCUUCGGACACGCGCUGGACCAUGGGAGGCAUGGCCCCUAUUAACACAGGUGUUGGCACUGGCACCCUCGGGCUGACCUCCCCCCUGCAGCGCCAGGGACUCAGCCAGCUGGGCCAGGGCAGCAUGAGCAUCACGCAGUCCUUCAGCCAGUCUCUCGGCCAAGGCUUCGGCCAGGGUCUCGGCCAGGGCUUCGGCCAGGGAUUGGGCCAAGGGUUAGGUUUAGGACAAGGCCAAGGACUAGGGCUGGGUCAGGGCCAGGGGCUGGGUCAGGGGCUGGGUCAGGGGCUGGGUCAGGGGCUGGGUCAGGGGUUGGGUGGCUCGACGUCGCCGCUGCCGUCGGGGCUCUCGAACAUGGGCGGCUCUCCUCCGACGUCCAUGUAUCAGCCUCACUACCAAGCUUUCUCCUCACUCAACAACGCCUUGGGUGAGUACGCAGGAUCACCACUAAACUCCCCAGGUCUCCCCAACGGCUUAGGUUCCCCGGCAACACCCCCCCACAGUGGCUCAUCCUCCCCGGCCACGCAGCAACAGCAACAGUCCCAACAACAACAGCUCGGCGGAGGCCAACAGCAACAGCAGCAGCAACAACAGCAGCAGCAACAGCAGCAGCAAGAUCUGCAACAGAACUGUGGCAUGGGGUCGAUGGGUAUGGGCGUAAACAUGGGCGGCGAGGACAUGUGGAGAGGGUCGAGCAUCGCCCAGCUGCGGCGUCGGGCCUUCGAACACUCCGCCUCCAUGGCUGUCUUCAGUUUUCCAAAUCAUGAAUUUCUUGGUGGAUGUUAUGGAAAUCCAUGGGCAUGACAGUGUUGCCACGUGUCAGGAACUUUGCAGCGGACACUUUGGACGAUCGAUAUCAGCAACACCGCAUCGAGGCCGAUUUGUUCCACAACGAUGAACAUUUUAGACUGUACAUAGCAUUAACUCAUGUAUUAUACUUUUUAAUUUGUUAGUCAAAUGACCAAUAUAAGAGAUAAUGUUCUUGUGUUUAUAUAAAUAUGGAGAUGGUGUUUUUUUUUUGUUUUUUCAAUGAUACAAGGUCCCGGAUGUUAAGUUUAAGCAUUGUGCAAGUCAUAUUUACAUUUUCUCGUGUUAUUAGCCCUGUGUACCCAGUUCUUUAUUACAGGGUGAAGAAAUAAAACCUGUAAGUUCGUUUCUAUAAACUAGUCUUUGCACAAUUUUGUAAGAGAAGAAGAAAAAAUGAUAAUAGAGAGAAAUGAAAGAGAUGUUGUGUAAAGAUUAUUUGAUAAUAGUGAUGUGGAAGGACACACACAUACAACCCCCUCCUCUCUUUUCCUACACCCCCCUCCCCCCCCUGUAUUCCCUCACCCCUCCCCCUUCCUCUCCUCCGAGUAUACGACUACGUGUAGAUGUCUUGGGUCGCGAGAUGUCUCAGCCAGGAUGUGAGACGCGGCCCGAGAGUGUGUGUUCCUAUGAACCAAUGGGAGAGCUUAUACCAAUACACGGUCCCUUCACAUCGCUCCUAAGAUGUCUAGGUUUGUCCUUGUUCAUGCGGUAUUCUGUAGUCCAUUUUAGAUGCAGGUUUAUUGUCGAGUUUAAUGGUCGCUGCUGUUAGCUUCAAAUAUAUGUCUAGUUAUUUUUCCCCCCCUAAAGAGAUCAUUGUGCAUUAACAGAAAAACCAGGAUGUCUACAUAUCAUAGGAAUUAAAUAUAGUAUAUGUAAUGUUGUAUACACAAUGGUAGGCCAAUUUUUAGUCAGUCUCUCUCUAACUGCCACAUGUGAUAGAUGAUAUUGAAUUAUUUAUCAUAUUUAUGUUCGUAAGUUAGAUUCAUGUUGUGCUGUAAGCUUUGUAAAUAAUAAAAAAAAAAACAGCAGUCAAUAUUUA